UGAAACAUGGGAUCAACACAUGACAUGUUGCAUUUAUAUUUUUGUUCAGUAUAAAUUAGGGGCCUGCCCUAUACAGACGAUGCUUAAUUUGAUAGAGCCAGACACAGGCAGGGUGGAAGUGGUAGCCUACAUCUCUGAGGGAGGGAGGGCUGGGUCUUGUGUUAGACAUCAGAAAGUAAAACCACAGCACGGCUUAUGUGCUAAAUCUACGACACAUCCCUCCCAUCUUUCCCUGAAGGAGGGUUUGACUUUGAGCCUCUUGAUUUUGACGAAGCCAAGACGGAAAUGUCCUCUGGAAGAUUACCAGUGCUGAGAGAGGAAGAUGUGGAUGAAGGACAGGAAGAGGAAGAGCCUGGUGGAGAAACUGGACCUGUACCUGACCCUAUCUCAGUGAAGACAUAUGAUGUGAGUUUGACUGAAGAGGAUACAGAACAUAUUGAUGAGGAGGAGGAAGAGGAGGAGGAAGAAGAGGGCAAGGAGGAGGUAGAGGAGGGCAAGGAAGAGGAGGAGGAAGAUGAAGAGGAGAUCACCUCAGGAGAAGAAGAGGACACAGGAAUAGAGAACAUUGGCUCGCCAGGGGGUUGGUCUGUGGUUGUUCACUACGACGAAGAGAAUAUAGAAAAUAUCGUAACUACAGGACAACCUUUUGCCCAAGAGGAUAGGGAAAACCCUAACAUCAGAAACAUAGAGCAAGGUACUUACGAGAACAGUGAUGUAAGUUGUUUUGAGGGUGUUACUGAAGAUGACACCAUGGAGAUCACAGCAGAUAUAAGUGAAGGGAUUGAAGAAGAGGAGAGACUGGCAGCUGAAGAAAACCAAGAUAAAUCAUCUGAUUCAGACCUGGAGGUCCUGACAAGCUCUAUCACUGAAAACCAGAUAGAAGAGGGGAAGAAAGGAGUGAACUUACUCUCCCCACAUUUUCCCCAGGAGAAUGAAGAGGAAGAAGAGCAAGAUGAACCUGGAGCUCCAGAGAUUGUUUCCUAUUGUCCUGAUCCCGCAGCAACACAGAAUCUGCAAUCUAUUAUGGUCAAUGCCUUUGUGGAACACCCGCUUGAGGCGAAAAUUAAGGACUUCCUAGGGGAUGACCACCAAGAGGCGGGUGAAAGCUUUGCAGAUUACCCCUCUGACUUCUUUCCAAGUGAAUACGACAAUGAUGGAGGGAAAGGGAGAGAGCGAAACAAAAAUGGGAGCACACUGUCUAGUCCCGCUGAGGGUCAUUUAAAGAUAGACGAGAAUGUCGACCCAGAGAGAGAGAUAACCAAGCAGAAGGAUAGCCAUGUACAGGGAGAGGAAGAGGAAAAGGUUGAUGUGAGACCUGCUAUCUCUCUGAGCGUAGAAGGCAAACAAGAUUUUGCAGAUUGUGCAAUGUGUAAUAUCAAUAUUGACAUUAGCACGAGCAAGAUUAUUGAAGACAAUCUUGAAGCUGAUAGCUCCAGUGAUAGCUCCACUGAUAGCUCUAGUGAUAGUUCCAGUGAGGAUGAGAAGGAUAAUGAAGAACACCCAGCCCUGCCAAGAUACCAGGCUCUUCCUCAGAGAGACUGCAGAUCUGAUGUUUUACAUCUACCUGACUGGGAGGGUGGAGAGGAGAACAUCUCCAAGCAGAGUGUUGCAGACCUGCAUCUUUCAGACACUAUCUCUGAUGUCCCCACUUUUACCCUUCACAGUGAGGCUGGACUCAGUACAGCAGACGUAACCAGGUGUAACAGGGGGAAGAGAAGUACAGGCAACAUGUCAUCAUCUGACUCUGAGGAUAAUUUUCCGGGAGAAUUUUGUACGUUGGAGACUGAACUAAGAAAGGACAAAGGGGAGACUUGGAUUUGGGGUAAAGAGGAGUAUCUUCGAGAAAUCCCGCCGGAGCUAGAAGGAAAGUUGGAGAACCACCUUCACACCAAUAUAAACUGGGACACGGGGGAUAAUAACGUGGACAGGAGUGGUUUCAUUCUAGAUUACAAGUACGAGGGGAGCGGAAUCACAGUCGGAGAGGAACAAUUUGCAGAUGAUGAAGAAGACGAGGAGAGGAGUUGGAAACAAGAGAGAGUGAGAAUCGAGGCAUUCUACAAGUUUUAUAAUGACGAAGAGGAGAAGGAGGCCAUGGAAACAGAAGGUGCUUUUUCAAGGAGGAAGCCUAAAGUUCAGUUCUGCAUGGAUCCCCUGCCUCAAGUCAUUGAAUAUACAGACAGCAGCAGUGACACGGAUUUGGUCGACAGCGCAUCUGACAGAGAUGAGGACCUGGAUUCUACAGCAAGGCUUGAAGAGCAGCGUGAGCCUGAGACUCAGGAGAGCCAGAAGCCACAAGAAGAACUACAAGAUCUCAGCAAAAUACCUCGGACACACAGCAAGAGAGACUGGUGUCUGAGGGUGCUGAAGUUCCUGCUGAAGAUGGCCCUUUUGACAUUGAUUGGACUUUUGACAUUCUGGUGGACAACAGACCUAAAGGACUGGUGAUCUGGACCAAAUACAGUUUUUGCAAACGACUGUACUGUAUUGUCAAUAUGCCUAUGCCUGAAAAUAAUGAGAUAAUAAAGUAGCAGCAGCUAAGUAGAAAAUGCUUACUUGUCAGGAAAAUACUCUCUCCUUAUACUGUAGUUUCUGUCACUUUUAUUUUCAUACUGUCUUCAUCUGUAACAUGUCUUCAUCUGUUUUGAUGGAUAAUAAAAAGGGGUCUAUUUAUAUUCCCAUUUAACUUUAA